AUGCCUAAUGGUGGACCAGUCUCAAUGGUCUGGGGUGUACAUGCUUGCUUCGGGUAUCUCCAUGAGCGAAUUAUGCUGAUGGAUGUCAUGCUUGAAUAUCGAUGGCAGAAUUGGGUUCUGCAGCGCCAACAUCUGGAGGCAAACUUGUUUGCAUGGAUUGUCGGGUGCCAAACUUUCACCGCAACGAGUGCGCAAACUUUCGGAGUCUACGUUGCAAUAGUCCUGUCACACGCAGUGAUAUGCUGCUUGGGAACUGCUGUUCUCGCAAGACUGCCAACAGUUUAUGUUGUGCUUAACGUCUGUUUAUGUCUCGCCGUUAUCAUCGGCCUUCCUGCUGCUACCCCAAAGGCGAACACCUCCUUUGACUCGAGUGUGCAUAUUAGCGAGGAAUCAUCGAAUGCUGCUACUGCGGUUCCGUGGGCCAUCGUCAGCGCCAUCGGCAUUGCAGGAAUCCUUGGUUGGGGUAUGAGUUUAUUCGUGUGAUUCUGGAACACUGCUUACCGUCUCGCAGCAAUCAACGUCUCUCUUACAUUCUGCAUGGGCACCGACGUGAACUGGCUACUCAGUAG